ACGGGUUGUAUCCGUGGGAGCCUGCGCGGGCACAAGUGGAAUGUCGGGGGAUUAGUAGAGUGUGUUCAGAUGUAUUUCCUUAUAUAUAACGUCAACAUUCGUGCCAUCAAAACCGGACUCCGUGGAGGCUUAUAUGGGGAGAUUUGGAAUGCCAUACAAGGGAUCACUGGAGUGUGUGACUGAUGUGCUUUCCUUAUUUAAACAUAUACUACCAUGAUUAUCAAUGAUCAUCAUCAAUAGCGGAUAUUACAACUGACAAAGUGAAUUCAAAAUUAACUGAAAGAAAGCAGAGAUGUCGUCUCGGAUAGCUGGAGUUGGUGACACUUGUACGAACAGGCGUACAUUUAUGACAAUGUGUGUAGUUCUCGCUUUCUCAACUAGCACGUGCCUCUAUAUAUACUCGAGAGUCACCGUACAGACGUUUGCUAUCGAGAGGGUAAUGCAAGACACUCUUCUUAACAUUGAGAGUUGGGGAGGAACUAUUGAUAAUUUGGUACAGAAGUUCAGCGACAAUGUAAACGUAGCCCGGCGCAUGCGCAAUGAUCUACAAUACACGAACCAAACAAACACUAGUGACGUAGACAAUGAGACCAACUCAAUUGUAGACAUGUUUGUUAACCGUACACAGAAUGUGUCGACGUCACCGAUACUUUUAACUUUGUUUACAUCAUGGCCGACAAAGGCAGAAAAAUACACCUGUCACAAUAUCACACUGAAAAACUGGAAUACAUUAAAGCCAAAAGUCAAUCCAAUCCUCUUUACCAAUGAAAUUCCCCUAGCUUGGGAAGUCAGAAAGAAAGGAUGGAAAUCACUUCCGGUACAUCAAUCUGACUUCGGAACCCCAGUUCUGAAGUUUAUGUAUAAAGAUGCAUUUAAAGUAAUCAAAUCUCAUUUCUAUGGAUACGCAAAUGGAGAUAUCCUGUUUACAUCGACGCUGAUUCAAACUUUGGAGGCGGUUGUGAAUUCCACCUUGAUACCCAAGGAUAGGCCUAUAAUGAUAAUCGGUCGGAGGACGAAUGUUCAGAACGUAAGCCAAGAGGAAGCGAAGUCAUGGCAACAUUUGUCAAGGACGGCGCGAAAACGCGGGAAGCUAUUCAUAGACAUGGCGGAAGACUAUUUCAUAACAACGGCUGAUUAUCCAUGGGAUGCCAUUCCGGAAGUGGUAAUUGGUCGUAGAGCGUAUGAUAACUGGUUAGUAUCGAACGCACGCAAACAAAAGCAUACCACAAUCGAUGCGACACAAACUCUACUUGCACUUCAUCAAACGACAAAGGCGGGAAAUAUGGAAGGUCAUAGGUCACCACACUCUAAUUAUAAUCACAACCUUCUAAGCAGACUAUAUAAACGUCUCCACUAUGGUGCCGGGCGCACAUCGUGUGCUGAGUACUACACACGUUAUGAUGACGUCAUGAAACCAAAAGUUGAAAGGAGAAUAAAGACGUGCUGACACACACAUAUAUACAUAUAUUUAUAGUGACAAUAAUUUUGAAAUGGUAAAAAUAUAUAUAUUCAUUUCAUGCAGCUAACAGAUAGAAUAUUCUUUUAUUGUGUGUCAUCAUUGACUUUGAACAAGUUGUCAAUAAAUAUUCACUGAU